AGCUCCCUUGGUCCACGGGAGCUCGCGCCGGCCCUCCUCCCGCAUGUUUUUUCCCUAGGCCCGAUUCGCUAUGGGCUGGCUGGGGGCUCCAGCCCCGAGGCAAUUAGCUAAAAGCAGAAGGCAAGCCUGGCGGGAAUGACCUCAGCUCUUGGAAGAAGGGGGCGCCACCAAUGCCUAAGCGGGGAAGUAUUUUCAACCACAUGAACCUUGAUCAGGAAGACAACUUCACAAGGACAGAGAAAGAACAAAAUCACGAAUGGAUGAACAGUAGGCCCUAGGGCUUUAAAAAUAUUCAGGGAUUUCCCAGAACCAAGGCCACAUGGAAGGCAAGCGUUCUCUUUCUUCUGGAGCACGUGCCCAGGUGACAGAGGAUGGGUUUUUGUCUGCAUUGAAGAUGCUAGAUGUGGGAAAGUGGCCAAUCUUUGCCCUUUGCUCACCAGAUGAACUGAAGUUAAUUCGUCAGGCCUGUGUUUUUGGCAGUGCUGGCAAUGAAGUUUUGUAUUCCACAGAAAACGAUGAGGUCUUUGUGCUUGGCACCAAUUGCAGUGGCUGCUUGGGAACAGGUGAUAUCCUGCAUUCUAUUGAACCUCGUCGAAUUGAUCACUUGUGUGGCAAAAAAAUAGCCUGCCUGAGCUAUGGAAGUGGUCCUCACGUCGUCAUUGCAACGGACGAAGGAGAAGUGUAUACCUGGGGCCAUAAUGCUUAUAGCCAAUUGGGCAAUGGGACAACUAAUCAUGGUUUAGUACCCACCCAAAUCUCUAUCAAUUUAGAAAACAGGAGAGUCAUUGAAGUGGCCUGUGGAUCUCACCAUUCCAUGGCACUGACAUCUGAUGGCAAGGUAUUUGCCUGGGGUUACAAUAACUCUGGACAGGUUGGGUCUGGCUCCACAGCCAACCAACCCAUUCCUCGAAAAGUUACUGGCUGCUUACAGAACAAAAUUGUUACAACAAUAGCUUGUGGCCAGAUGUGCUCAAUGGCUGUAGUAGACAGUGGUGAGGUUUAUGUCUGGGGAUAUAAUGGAAAUGGGCAGCUUGGACUGGGCAGCAGUGGCAAUCAGCCGACACCCUGUAGAAUAGCAGCUUUACAAGGUAUUCGAGUACACAAGAUUGUCUGUGGCUAUGCACAUACAUUAGUGUUAACAGAUGAAGGUCACCUGUAUGCUUGGGGAGCCAACUCUUAUGGACAGUUGGGUACUGGCAAUAAAAGUAACCAGUCUUACCCUACUCCAGUCUCUGUGGAAAAAGACAGAGUGAUCGAGAUUGCAGCCUGUCACUCUGCCCACACUUCUGCCGCCAAGACCCAAAGUGGCCACAUUUACAUGUGGGGCCAGUGUCGGGGCCAAUCAGUGACUCUCCCACACCUCACUCACUUCUCCUGCACAGAUGAUGUGUUUGCUUGCUUCGCCACACCAGCUGUAUCAUGGCGCCUUCUCUCUGUUGAGCCGGAUGACCACCUCACAGUAGCUCAGUCACUGAAGAAAGAGUUUGAUAACCCUGAAACUGCGGACUUGAAAUUUCUGGUGGAUGGAAAAUAUAUUUACGUGCAUAAGGUCCUUCUCAAAAUUAGGUGUGAACAUUUUCGUUCUGUGUUGAAUGGCAAUGAAGACGACAUAGUAGAAAUGGAUGAAUUUUCAUAUCCUGUUUACCGAGCUUUUCUGGAAUACCUAUACACAGACUGUAUCAAUCUUUCUCCAGAGGAUGCGAUAGGACUGCUAGAUCUGGCUACAUUUUACAAAGAUAACCGAUUGAAAAAGCUCUGUCAGCAAACUAUCAAGCAAGGCAUCUGUGAAGACAAUGCCAUCGCUCUACUUUCAGCCGCUGUGAAAUACGAAGCCCAGGAUUUAGAGGAAUUCUGUUUCCGAUUUUGCAUCAAUCAUUUGACUGUAGUUACACAAACUUCAGGCUUUGCAGAAAUGGACCAUGACCUUCUGAAGAGCUUCAUCAGUAAAGCAAGUCGAGUUGGAGCCUUUAAAAAUUGAUCAACAGCUACAGCCAAGAAGGGGAUUGUGGUCCUUUCCAAUUCCCAUACAAAAGCUUGAGAAGAGCAGCUUUCACUUAAUUAAUGGCUUGAUCAGUUACCCCUAGCAGAGUACACAUCUCCUGAGGGCAGAAGUGCAGUGAGAGUCGACUCUUCUCUAUCAGUAUCUGCCUGAGUCCACAGUUUACAUAGAAAGUCGAAAAUGAGCAAGUGCUACCAUUUCCAUCCCAGGUUCAAGUGCUCCAUAUGUUGCAAACCCUUUAUCAGCUUUUCCACUUUUCUUUUCAAAUCACUUCAGACAGAACACCUUUAUACUGGUUUUUGUGAACAACAGCCUCAGGUCAUAGGAUUUCGUGCAACGUGUCCCAUCAUUAUGCAGGUCAACAUCAUUCUGAUGGCUUAACAGGGACAGACAGGGUGGCUAUCUUUCCAUUCACGUUAGGCCCAGAGUUUGGGUUCUGAAGACAGCUACAGUAGAUAACAAUUAGAAAACAUGGUCUAUGUUUGAACGAUUAUGGUCAAGUGUCAAGUUCUCUGGUACAGUCUUCUAGAGAUAAUGUCUAAUUCUCUAACAUUCAUUAGCCUUCAUAAAAGUCUUGCCAAUGGAAGAAUCAAAGGUCCAAGGGCUAACUUUACUAUGUUGUUGCUUUUUUUUUUUAAAACUGGGUCAUGAAUUCCUCAUCUGGGGAUAUUAAAUACAAAGCCUUGAUUCUGAAUGAAUGUUAUCCUGAGCUCAUCUGCCUUACAUAUGACAAAAGUAUCUUUUGUUCCUCUUUGGGUUAACAGGGAUGUUCUUCCCUGCAUAAUGAUGAUUAUUGUUAUGUAUAUUCCUUAAGGCUUUUGUGUUACUCUGAAACAGGUCAGUCAUACUGGAACCAAAAAUCAGAACGUAAUUUUAAUGGCUAAAGAGACCCAGUAGUCAUAUUUUGUGGAGAUGACUGACAAGAUUGAUUUUCAGAUUCCAAUUCAAAUUAAGUUAUCUAAUUGCAGAAGUGAAACUCAAGUGGAAACCAACAAGGAAAUAUAAAAAGUACAGAUCUCAAUGCCAUAUUAUGUAAAGGGGAACAUUUUAGAGUUAGAAAUCGCAUCCUCUACUGAUCUAAUAUUGGAUAAGAAAGUGCUUCUCUACAGAUAAUAGUAGAAUAAGUGGUUUUUUUGCCCAAGAAGAGGAAAAAUGAAAAAAUACUAACAGUUCCUUGCCUCUUACAUGCAAAUAAAUCCAUCUGGUAAAUGA